AUGACGAUAUCGAUUGACAUGCGCUGGCGAUCUAUCGUGCUAACCUACUUCUACGAUAUUGAUCUGACCGUUGUGGCUUCAGUGAUGGGAGUGUCAACGCGGUCCAUUUCUGGCUGGGGCUAUCUGUUCCGUCGUCGUGGUAACGUCAUCCCGAACGCUCGAAUUGAA